AUGGCCCCAAAUUUCGAUCAAGGUCCGUAUCCACAUGACGUCCAACCGGCAUCCACCUUGUGGACCGAAGAUGAAUAUACCAAAGUCUGGGAACACUUCCUCGACAAGUUUGCCGCCAUUCAGAGUCGCUUUCCUGCUCCGAUCGAUCGUUUUGAAGAGGAAGGUAGAGCCAAGAUGCAGAAGAUCGUGAUGCGGAUGAUCGAGCGUCGCGCUCCAAUCACGCUCGUUCUGCCGGCGUUCCCAUUCAAGUCGCCAAACUCAACCGAUAAAGUGCUGGGCAAGCUGCCAGACCGUGCUGAAGAGCUGUCUAUGGAGCGCCUCGAACGCUUCUGUCGUGAAGUGGAGGAGGCGUACCCUCCAGGAUGUAAAAUGGUCAUCUUCAGCGACGGUCGCGUCUUCAACGACCUGCUAGGAGUGAGCCUAAGUGACCUACGCGCUUUUGAGAACGAGAUGCAAGCGAUGGUGAAGGAGGCUGGUCACACUCACAUCUACUUCGACUCCAUGGACAACUACGUCAAGAACGUGGACGACCCGAUCCCGGAGAUCCUCGAACGGUUCAAUGUGCUACACAUGGAUUUCGAUACUCGUAUCAAGACGGAAGCAGCUAUUCGCAACACAUACUGCUCCUUCUGCAAGUUCCUUGAGCGUGAUCUCGCUCAGCAAUGGGUGGGAAUGUCUCGCUCUGCCAUGAAGCGUAGUUGCGGCAAGAUUGCCAAGCAAAUGAUGCACCGCAAUGUGGGCUUUUCAGCGCUGGUCGACGAUUCAUAUCCAGACGCAUUACGCAUAUCCAUUCACCAGUACGACAACGCUGGCCCAAAGUUUGGUAUUCACCUUAUCCCACAGAAAUCUGGCAAACCUCGUACCCCGUGGCACUCGAUGGCUAAACUGACUGGGAGUAGCAACUACAAACUCUCCGAAGUCCAACGACUGCUGACUCUCGUUGGCAAGUUCCUUCCUCUUGGUGAAGAUGAGUGGGAACGUCUAGCAACCUCCUACAACUCGAACCGCAGUCGUGGCAUCUCCGAGCGUGACUACGAGAGUCUACGGCGAAAGUUUAAGUUGCUCUACAGCACCCGCAAACCAACGGGUGUGGCAGACAUGCCUCCACACAUCAAGGAGGCGAAGAUUCUCAAGAAGAGCAUCGAUGACAAGCCCGACUUCAGCUUCGACUUCGAAGGCGAUGACGACAUUGGCAACACCAAAGCCAGUGCAACCAGUCUCCACUCAGCCAUCUACCUCCGCGAUGUGUUGAUCGACGACCCCACCACUCAAGUCGGCAGCAUGGACGAUCUGCUGGACCCGGAUGCUGUGUGCGAAGGGCUAGAGGCGUUUGCCGGUACUCCGAGACCGUCCCCAGUUUGUACCAGAUCCUCGCAACGACAGUUGCGAUCCACUGGUUUGCCUAAGCCGAAUGUGCCACAUGCUUCGACCUCAAGCGUCAACAGCGUGGAGAAAACCUCCUCGGGUCGUGCUCGCGACGCAGAUGAAUCGACGCGGUACCUCACGUCAUCCAACCGCCUGGGCGGUGGCAACCUAGCCGAAUUUCGAAACACUGCUGGGCGCAAACGCGAUGACGACAACGAUGAUGACCUCUUUGAGGCCAGCUACGCCAAAGUGAAGCGAGAGAAGGCAACGAAGAUGGCCACCCAACUGAAGAAACGGCUCAGCAAACUGGAGACCGGUUCCACUGCAAUGGGGAACAAUAUCAUUGAGCUGAUGAUGCUCAUGCGUGAGGAUAGCGAGCGCAGAGGUGAAGCUUGGCGUGCAGAUGAAGACCAGCGCCGACGCGAUGAAGUCGCAGCACGCGAAGCCCUACGCCACGCCGGGAAACUUGAAGCUGAAGAAUCAAACCAAAAGGAUGAGGACGCUGAUUUUGUCACGGAGGCUCUGCAAAAACGUUUAUACUCGGAUGAAUUCUGUUACUGGCACCGGUGGGUGAAGGGCGAAUUCGUGAUCGUGGACAACGUUUCGCAGUUGCAUGCACGUUCGAAGUUAGGAAUGGGUGGCCGCCACAUGCGCCGCAUCCAUUUCAGUUAG